UGUUCCUCCUCGGCUCGCCUCCCAGCUGACCGCAGCCCCUGUGCGGACUAACCGUGGAGGGCGUGUUCACUGCACACGGACCUCGAUACGCGCACCGCACGACUUCUCAACCAACUUCUCACAGAUGGAACUGGCGUAAACUGUCAAGUAAGGUGCUCUGAAAGCUGUGGUUCACUUUUUUCAUGAUAUCCUGUUCGCCUGCAUUCUAAACGAGAAUCGAUUUGCGCAUGCGUUAAUUACUCAAAGGUAAGCAGCCUUAAGGGAUGGAGGAGCAGCAGAUUGACUCCUCUCUUGACUUGAGCCAUCUGACAGAAGAGGAGCAGUCCACCAUCCUGCAGGUCUUAGAACGUGACUUGGAGUUGCGUCGUCUUGAUGAAGGGCGUGUAAGGGUCCUCCAGAAGACAGAGACAGAUCAAAGACGUCUGCGCUCGUUGUCGGGUGCAUGGUUCACCGAGGAGCGGAGCAAACGCCAUCGCACCUGGUCGGGCAGCGCCCUUGUUCAUGCCACCAUACGUCAAAGGAAGACAAAGAGCAGAGAUGUGCCCCUGAUUGGACUGUUCAAUGGCGAGAAAGAGGAAACCUCGCAAAACACCUCUCCUGAGGCUGAGAGAAGACUGAAGGACGACAAAGAUGAGGACAGUGAAGGGAGUGAAGGAAGUUUGAGACCUACACCCACACCCAGAACAAAAAGUCCCCGAGCACAGGAUCUCCAGCAUAGAAAUAGUUCCAUGUCAUCCAAAGACUCCGAAAGGAGGAGUAAUGGCCACUCAGAAGACCCUGAGGAAGACUUUGACAGUCACAACGGGGACACUGACUCUGUGAGCAGCAGCCUGACGGAGCCGGAUCCAAUGUCUCUGAAAACCAGCAGCUCCACCGGCAGCCUCCAUUCGAGCUACAUGCUCAGUGGAAGCAUGAUGAGCCUGUUCAGCACGGGGGAUUUCGGAGUGGUGGAGGUGAGGGGCCGCAUCCAGUUCUCAUUGGUUUACGACACCCAGAAGGAGGAGCUACACGUCAAAGUGUACCGCUGUGAGGAGAUCGCUUCAGCACACAAGAACCGCUCUGACCCAUAUGUAAAAGCCUACCUCUUGCCAGACAAGUCGAGUCAUAGUAAGAAGAAAACGUCUGUGAAGAAGAAGACGCUAAACCCAGUCUAUGAUCAGACGCUCAGAUAUAAAGUGCGGAUCGGUGAGCUGCGGAGCCGGACCUUGAACCUCUCUGUGUGGCACGCCGAGCCCCUGGGGAGGAACGUGUUUCUGGGGGAGGUGGAGGUGUCUCUGAGCCUCUGGGACUGGACCUGCACUCAGCCACUGUGGCAGGAUCUGCAGCCACGGGUUCGUUUGAGUCCAGACUCCAUUAGCAGUCGUGGGACCAUCGUGCUCUCCGUUAAGUUCAUCCCAGAUGGCUUUGAAGGAGGUGGUCUGCCUCUAACAGGAGAGCUUCACAUCUGGCUUCGGGAGGCUCAAGGACUCCUGUCCAACAAAGGGGGCCCUCUAGACUCCUUUGUUAGAAGUUACAUACUCCCAGAUGCUAGUCGGCAGAGCGGUCAGAAGACGCGAAUAAUGAAACGGUCAAUCAGCCCUACCUACAACCACACCAUGGUGUAUGAUGGCUUUCACACAAGUGACCUGAGAGAAGCCUGCGCCGAGCUGACCGUCUGGCAGCGCGAAGGGUUAAAAACGCGUGUCCUAGGAGGGAUUCGACUGAGCUGUGGAACUGGUCAGAGUUAUGGGGAAGAUGUCAGCUGGAUGGACUCCACAGAAGAGGAGGUCGCUGUGUGGACCUCCAUGAUCCAAAACCCAAACCACUGGAUUGACGCAACACUACCCAUCAGAACUAACCUCACACACCGGCCCCAGUGACACAAACACGCAUUCAAACACAUGUUGGACUGAAUGAACUCCCUCACCCCCACAUUAGUUAAUUUAACCUCUCUGUCACGAUAAUGCACACAUACAUUGUUCUUCUGAUUUUGUACUUACUUUGUAAAAAUACACUCACACACACACUUCAUUAAUGGCAUAGAACAGAAAUAUUUAGUUUUGAAACCAAAUCUGUCUACAUUUAAAAUGUUUUACUCCUAUGUUUUGGUUCAUUUUGUGUCCUGCCUGAUAAAAGUGCAUUUGUAAUCCACUGUAAUUUAUUAAUUAAAUCUCAAACCUGA